UAAACAACCUCUCUUGCAUCUUUAUGUUUUUUUUAUAUAUAUAAAACAUUUGAUGUUACCUGUGCUAAAGUUUAUAAAUACCUAUCCAUCACUGAUCUCCUUCACCGCGCGUUUUAAGCGAUAGUUUAUAGUAACUAGGAAGAUAUGGCGAAAGAUUACGUUGAUAAGCCGUCAGCUCCGCUGUUUGAUAUAACGGAGCUGAAGAACUGGUCUUUUUACAGAGCAUUGAUUGCUGAAUUUAUUGCGACGCUUCUGUUCCUCUACGUUAGCGUGGCUACUGUUAUUGGCCACAAGAAGCAAGUUGGUCCCUGCGAAGGCGUUGGACUUCUUGGUAUUGCGUGGGCUUUUGGUGGCAUGAUUUUUGUUCUUGUCUAUUCCACUGCUGGGAUUUCUGGGGGGCAUAUAAACCCAGCAGUGACGUUUGGUCUAUUACUAGCAAGGAAGGUGUCAUUACUAAGAGCGGUGAUGUACAUGGUGGCGCAAUGCUUAGGAGCCAUUUGCGGCGUUGGUAUAGUGAAAGGUCUGAUGAAGCAUGACUAUAACAAGUAUGGUGGCGGUGCUAAUACCGUCGCAGUUGGCUACUCAACCGGCGCAGCAUUGGGUGCAGAGAUCAUUGGCACUUUCCUACUCAUGUAUACCGUAUUCUGCGCCACCGACGCCAAAGCCAAAGCCCGUGAUUCCCACGUCCCUGUACUAGCACCAUUGCCAAUUGGAUUCACGGUGUUUAUGGUGCAUUUGGCCACCAUUCCCAUCACUGGCACUGGCAUCAAUCCUGCUAGGAGUUUCGGAGCUGCUGUCAUUUACAACGAUACCACAGCUUGGAGUGACCAUUGGAUCUUCUGGGUUGGACCCUCUCUGGGAGCAUUGGCUGCUAAUAUCUACCACCAACAAAUUCUGCGAGGUCACGCUAUCAAAGCUUUCUCCUUCUACAACGAUCCCAACAAUUGAACUACCCUCAUUAUUAAUAAUAAUGUUAUCGUCUACCCAGCAUAACGGCAGCACUAAAGUAACAGUGUUGAUAACCAUUUUGCUGGACCUUGAAUUUCUUUUGUUUUCACUUUGUGUGGCUUGUAAAAUAUCCAACACAUUUUGGAUUUAUCAAUGUUUUUUAUCUUCA